AUGGAUGUGGCAAAGUUCCCGUUCGAUCACCAGUUCUGCUCGCUUAUUUUCCGAUCCUGGAUCUAUGACACGUCUCAGCUGGACCUCAUGAUUUUGGAACGAUAUGAUGGGAAAUCGCCUUUUACCAGAGACUCCUUUACUGAAAAUGGCGAAUGGGAAAUUGUUGACAAUCGCACAUUCCGUUAUCAACAACACAGCGGCAGCACCGAAUAUGCAACGGUUGUUUUCGAACUCCACCUUCGUCGCAGAACUCUGUUCUUCAUGUACAACAUUGUGGCACCAUGUGUCAUGCUUUCAAUCCUCACGAUGAUGCAGUUUCUUCUGCCUUGUGAAAGUGGCGAGAAAGUCACCCUUGGUCUAACAGUACUGCUCGCAUAUUCCGUGUUCAGCUUCAACAUAGCAGAGAGCAUGCCUGAAACGUCGGAAGUGAUCCCACUGAUCGCUAUCUACCUAAUGGCAAUUAUGGGUAUAUCAGCGCUGUCGGUGAGCUUCUCGGUGUUCGUUUUGAAUCUGCGUCAUGGAGCCGACUAUUCUGACAGAAUUCCCCGAUGGCUGGAGAUAAUCGGCUUCUCCAUACUUGCCCCAGUGUUCGGCGGCACACCAUCCAGAAGUAGAUCGAAAAGUAUAAGUGCUCAAAACAAAUGUUCGGUCCGAUCGGAUAGCUCGAACUGUGACGAUCUCGUUAGCAAAGACCUUAUAGAUCGGGUUGGAGCCGAACAAGAGUUUGAACGGCUUGUGGCUCGUUGGUCGCAACUGGCUAACAUUUUCGAUCGUCUAUUCUUCACCGUCGUCCUGACUCUGAACGGCGGCUCUACGCUGUUCCUUUUGAUCGUUGCACCUAGCUUUGACACUCCCACCCUCUAUAAUAGAGUGUGGGAGUUGUAA